UUGCAGUCAGAUCCUGUUUCCUCCACACCACAGUGAGAGAAUCCAGAGCAGAGCUGUAUGACCCAGCAUGGGACAGGCAAUCAUUUGGGCUGGUUUAGCUCUCUUGCUGUCUCUACAAUGCGGUUAUGCCUCUAAGCUGGUUUGUUACUUCACCAACUGGGCCCAGUACAGGCCUGGGGAGGGGAGAUUCCUCCCUGAUGACAUCGACCCCCAUCUCUGCACCCACCUCAUUUAUGCCUUUGCCGGCAUGAGCGACCACGAGAUCACCACCGUGGAGUGGAACGAUGUGACACUUUUCGAGGCUUUCAAUGGCCUUAAAGCCAAGAAUCGGAACCUGAAGACCCUGUUGUCCAUUGGAGGAUCAAACAUGGGAACCGAACGCUUCUCCCACAUGGCUGCUUCGGCUGCUAAUCGCUGGACAUUUGUCCGCUCUGUGGUCCAAUUCCUCCGGACGCAUGAGUUUGACGGACUCGACGUAGCCUGGAUUUACCCAGGGAGGAAGGAUAAGAGACAUUUCACUUCUCUGAUUCAGGAACUAGCAACAGCAUUUGAGAAGGAAGCUCAGAAAACCAGAAAAGAGAAGCUUCUACUUAGUAUUGCAGUGUCUGCCGGAAGGAUAAAUAUUGACACAGGCUAUGAGGUCGACAAAAUCUCCAAGAUCGUGGAUUUUAUUAACCUCAUGACCUAUGACUUCCAUGGGGCCUGGGAGAAGACUACAGGACAUGUCAGUCCUCUUAACAAGGGAAGGAAAGACCUUAGAAGUGCUGCAUACAACAAUGUUGACAAUGCUGUGAGACACUGGGAGAGAAAGGGCGCCCCAGGGGAGAAGAUCAUCAUGGGAAUCCCAGCCUAUGGGCGGAGCUUCACCCUUGACACGCUGCAUACAGGCGUUGGGGCCCAGGCUUCCAAGGCAGGACUGCCAGGCCCUUUCACUUCAGAAGCAGGAUUUUUAGCCUAUUAUGAGAUCUGCACCUUUAAACAAGGUGCCACCACGGAGAUGAUUGAGGAGCAGAAGGUCCCUUACUCCUAUAAAGGGAACCAGUGGGUAGGGUAUGAUGACGUGGAGAGCAUUAAAACCAAGGUUAAAUAUUUGAAGCAUCGUGGUUUGGGAGGGGCCAUGGUUUGGGCCAUUGAUCUGGAUGAUUUCAGCGGCUCUUUCUGCCAUCAAGGAGCUUACCCUCUCAUACAGACACUGAAGAGUGAGCUGAGCGCUGGCAGACAAUGAGUGAUUGCACUGAAGUGCAAAAGUUGCCAAUAUAUACAAGGAAAGUGAUCACUGGAGGUUUUGGAAGCAUAUUGAUUUACUUUGCCAGUAGAUCUGAGUUAGCUUUGCUUGGGUGUCUUUAAGAUAACAAUUGUAUAAAAUUUGAACAGCAGCAGCAGUCUCCUCGGGACAUGAGAAAAACCCCUGUUAAGCAGAGACAGUAACAUUUGUUAUUAACUAUAUGCACAAGUGGCUGCUUCUUUUCAUAUUUUUAAGUUGCUUUAUAGCUAAAACUGUCCACCAUAAAGACAAAGGUGGGGACCACAAACACACUGGAUCUGGGUUUAAAUUUUCCUGCUUGUAUAGAUUAAUAAAUUAUAUGCUAAGAAGCCCAAAGAUCUAUACUUCCUUAAUACAGAACCACUUGAGUAAAAAUCAGCAUCUGAAGGCCACACACACAAAAUGGGGUCAGAGAUAGAGAUGUUGCCUCUUAGCCAAUCUGAUCAACCGAGCUCAAUUUCCCAUAGGACAAAAUUUCCUUUGGGGGAUUAAAAAUCUAACUCAUGAUGGAUGUAGCUGUCAAAGAUUUAACAAAGCCAGAGGAGCCUUCUCAACAGCAAGCCCUAGGCGCUGAACUCACUAACAGGGGACAGGAUGAUCCUUGCACUUUGAACUGAAGGUUACAAGAAUGAGACACAUACACGCACCUCUUCAUCAGACCAUUCUUCCGUGAAAUGGACUAUCUUGCAAUGCACUCUAAGGUAGAAGCCAGUGACCACGUCACAGAGCAGGAUAAAGAGAAAACUGACUGUCCCUUCUGAAUGCAUCCGAUGAAGUGAACUGUAGCUCACGAAAGCUUAUGCUCAAAUAAAUUUGUUAGUCUCUAAGGUG